GGUUGCUAUGUCAGCCAAGGCAUCCAAAGGGAAGUGGGGGGCCCUGAAGGAGCACCUGACCAGCAGCCCCCCCGACCGAGAUGCUCACCUGGAGGCCAACUUGGAGAACUCAGUUCCAGAGCUAUGCAUACGACUGCUACAGGUACCCACAGUGGUCAACUACUCAGGGGUGCGGAGGCGUCUGGAGGGGAGUGACCAGGAAUGGAUGGUGCAGUUCCUGGAGCUCAAUGGACUGGAUCUGCUGAUGGAGGCCCUGCAGAGGCUUUCUGGCCGGGGGUGUGCCCGCAUCGCUGACGCCCUCCUCCAGCUCACUUGUGUGGCCUGUGUGAAGGCAGUGAUGAACUCCUCAGCUGGGCUGCACUUUAUACUGGACAAUGAGGGAUACGUCAGGACCCUGUCACAAGCCCUGGACACGUCCAACACCAUGGUAAAGAUGCAGGUGUUUGAGCUGCUGGCGGCCCUCGCCCUGUUUAACCCACAGGGACACCACCUGGCCAUGGAUGCCCUGGAGCACUAUAAAAGUGUGAAUAUGCAGCAGUACCGCUUCAGCGUCGUCAUGAAUGAGCUGCAUGCGACUGACAACGUUCCGUACAUGGUCGUCCUCAUGAGUGUGGUCAACGUGAUCAUUUUCGGAGCAGAGGACCUGAGGAAGAGGGACAAACUACGCAAAGAGUUCAUCGGGCUUCAAUUACUACAAUUACUUCCAAAACUUAGGUAA